CAGUGUCGUGUCGCCUCGACAAAAGCCAUUGCCGUGCCGUCUCGUCUCCAAAAGCACGGGGGGAUGGCUUCCUCAGCACCGGCGCCGGGCGAGAAAGCGCACGCCGUGUGCCUGCCGGCGGCCGCGCAGGGGCACAUCAUCCCCAUGCUCGACGUCGCCAAGAUGCUCCACGCCCGCGGCUUCCACGUCACCUUCGUCAACACCGACUACAACCACGCCCGCCUCGUCCGCUCCCGCGGCCCCGCCGCGGUGGCCGGCGUCCCGGGCUUCCGCUUCGCCACCAUCCCGGACGGCCUGCCGCCGUCCGGCGACGACGUCACGCAGGACAUCGCGGCGCUGUGCAGGUCCACCACGGAGACCUGCCUGGGGCCCUUCCGCCGCCUCCUCGCGGACCUCGACGCAGGCGGCCCGCGCGUGACCUGCGUCGUCUCCGACGUCGUCAUGGACUUCUCCAUGGAGGCGGCCAGGGAGCUCGGCCUCCCCUACGUCCAGCUGUGGACGGCCAGCGCCAUCGGCUUCCUCGGUUACCGCCACUACCGGCUGCUCUUCGCCCGCGGCCUCGCGCCGAUCAAAGACGCCCAACAGCUGACGGACGAGCACCUUGACACGCCGGUAGGGGACGUGCCAGGCCUGAGGGGCAUGCGGUUCAGGGACUUCCCGAGCUUCAUCCGCAGCCCGGCCCCGGACGACUACAUGCUGCAUUUCGCGCUCGGGGUAACGGAGCGCGCGGCCGGCGCGGCGGCCGUGAUCGUCAACACCUUCGACGACCUCGAGGGGGAGGCGGUGGCGGCCAUGGAGGCACUCGGCCUGCCCAAGGUCUACACCGUCGGCCCGCUCCCGUUGCUGGCGCCGCUUAAGGGACCGAGUUCCACCAUCAGCAUGAGCCUGUGGAAGCCGCAGGAGGGGUGCCUGCCGUGGCUCGACGGCAAGGACGCCGGCUCCGUCGUGUACGUCAACUUCGGCAGCAUCACCGUCAUGACCAACGAGCAGCUGGUGGAGUUCGCGUGGGGGCUGGCCAAGAGCGGCAGGCACUUCCUCUGGAUCAUCCGCCCGGACCUCGUCAAGGGCGACACCGCGGUGCUCCCCCCGGAGUUCUCGGCCGGGACGGCGGGGCGCGGGCUCGUGGCCUCCUGGUGCCCGCAGCAGGAGGUGCUGCGCCACCCGGCCGUGGGCGCGUUCCUGACGCACAGCGGCUGGAACUCGACGCUGGAGAGCAUGUGCGGCGGCGUGCCCGUCAUCAGCUGGCCCUUCUUCGCGGACCAGCAGACCAACUGCCGAUACCAGUGCACCGAAUGGGGCGUCGGCGUGGAGAUCGACGGCAACGUCCGGCGCGACGCCAUCGCGGACCAUAUCACGGAGGUCAUGGAAGGGGAGAGCGGGAAGGUGAUGAAGAAGAAGGCGCGGGAGUGGAGGGAGAAAGCGGUCAAGGCGACCGAACCCGGCGGCUCUUCUCGCCGCAACUUCGACGAGUUGAUCCGCGACGUGUUAGCUCCGUCUUUCCACGGCAAUCCUAGCUACUCCGUUCCUAAAUAUACAGAGGUUUUCCCUUACUUUGUCCGUGUCAACAAACAAUUCGAAAUACCUCGACUUUUUCAGAACAGGUCCGAGUCAAAUAGCAAUGAUUCGAAGCACUUCUUUUUCCAUUACACUAUUUCGAAAACCUAAGGACUCGAUCGUAUGGAUAUGGAAAAUACAGGAUUUCCGAUCCUAGCGGGAAAAGGAGGGAAACGGAUACUCAAUUUAAAGUGAGUAAACAGAAUUCCAUACUCAAUCUCAUAGAUCCCUAUAGAAUUCUGUGGAAAGCCGUAUUCGAUGAAAGUCGUAUGUACGGCUUGGAGGGAGAUCUUUUCUAUCUUUCGAGAUCCAC